GUGGCGGCGAGACGCGCGCGAUGGAGGGCGAGAGCGGGAGCCCGUGGGCCCUGGGUCUGCUGCGCACCUUCGACGCGGGCGAGUUCGCGGGCUGGGAGAAGGUCGGCUCGGGCGGCUUCGGGCAGGUGUACAAGGUGCGCCAUGUCCACUGGAAGACGUGGCUCGCCAUCAAGUGCUCGCCCAGCCUGCACGUCGACGACAGGGAGCGAGGGGAGCUUCUGGAAGAAGCCAAGAAGAUGGAGAUGGCCAAGUUCCGCUACAUCCUGCCUGUGUACGGCAUAUGCCAGGAGCCCGUGGGCCUGGUCAUGGAGUACAUGGAGACGGGCUCACUGGAGAAGCUCCUGGCCUCCGAGCCACUGCCGUGGGAUCUGCGCUUCCGCAUCAUCCACGAGACGGCCGUGGGCAUGAACUUCCUGCACUGCAUGGCCCCGCCUCUCCUCCACUUGGACCUCAAGCCUGCAAACAUCUUGCUGGACGCCCACUACCACGUCAAGAUUUCCGAUUUUGGGCUGGCCAAGUGCAACGGGCUGUCUCACUCGCAUGACCUCAGCAUGGACGGCCUGUUCGGCACCAUCGCCUACCUCCCUCCAGAGCGCAUCCGGGAGAAGAGCCGGCUCUUCGACACCAAGCAUGAUGUGUACAGCUUUGCCAUUGUGAUCUGGGGUGUGCUCACACAGAAGAAACCGUUUGCAGAUGAGAAGAACAUCCUGCACAUCAUGGUGAAAGUGGUCAAGGGCCACCGCCCAGAGCUGCCGCCCGUGUGCAGAGCCCGGCCGCGAGCCUGCAGGACCCUCCUGCGCCUCAUGCAGCGGUGCUGGCACGGGGACCCACGCGAAAGACCCACCUUCCAGGAAAUUACUUGUGAAACCGAGGACCUGUGUGAGAAGCCCGAUGGUGAUGUGAAGGAGACGGCGCAGGAUCUGGACACGAAGCAGCCCCUGGAGCCCAAGAGCCCGCCCGUGUGCACGCCUCUCAAGCGAGCAUCCGCGCCGACCUUCGACAGCGACUACAGCCUCUCUGAGCUCCUGUCCCAGCUGGACUCCGGCACCUCUCAGACCCUUGACGGCCCGGAGGAGCUCAGCCGCAGCUGCUCUGAAUCCAGGCUGCCAUCGACCAGCAGCGGCAAGAGGCUCUCGGGGGUGUCUUCUGUCGACUCUGCCUUCUCCUCCAGAGGAUCACUGUCCUUGUCAUUUGAGCGGGAGCCUUCAACGGGCGAUCUCGGCACGACAGACGUCCAGAAGAAGAAGCUCAUGGAUGCCAUCAUGAACGGCGACACCAGCAGACUGAUGAAGAUCCUGCAGCCCCAGGACGUCGACCUGGUGCUGGACGGGGGCGCCAGCCUGCUGCACCUGGCCGUCGAGGCCGGGCAGGAGGAGUGUGUCAAGUGGCUUCUCCUCAACAACGCCAACCCCAACCUGACCAACAGGAAGGGCUCCACCCCCCUCCACGUGGCCGUGGAGAAGAGGGUACGGGGUGUCGUGGAGCUCUUGCUGGCUCGGAAGAUCAGCGUCAACGCCACGGACGAGGACCAGUGGACGGCCCUGCACUUCGCGGCCCAGAACGGGGACGAGUGCAGCACUCGGCUGCUGUUGGAGAAGAACGCCUCCAUCCACGAGGUGGACUGCGAGGGCCGCACGCCCAUGCACGUGGCCUGCCAGCACGGCCAGGAGAGCAUCGUGCGCAUCCUGCUGCGCCGAGGCGUCGACGUGAGUCUGCAGGGGAAGGAUGCCUGGGUGCCGCUGCACUACGCCGCCUGGCAGGGGCAUCUGCCCAUCGUCAAGCUGCUGGCCAAGCAGCCCGGGGUGAGCGUGAACGCGCAGACGCUGGACGGGAGGACGCCGCUGCACCUGGCCGCCCAGCGAGGGCACUACCGCGUGGCCCGCAUCCUCAUCGACCUGCGCUCCGACGUCAACGUCUGCAACCUGCUGUCGCAGACGCCCCUGCACGUCGCUGCAGAGACGGGCCACACGAGCACCGCCAGGUUGCUCCUGCAUCGGGGCGCCAGCAAGGAGGCGAUCACGGCGGAGGGCUGCACCGCCCUGCACCUGGCUUCCCGGAACGGGCACCUGGCCACCGUCAAGCUGCUUGUGGAGGAGAAGGCGGACGUGCUGGCCCGGGGGCCCCGCAGCCAGACGGCGCUGCACCUGGCCGCCGCUGGCGGGCACUCGGAGGUCGUGGAGGAGUUGGUCAGUGCCGAUGUGCUCAACCUGUCUGACGAGCAGGGGCUCAGCGCGCUGCACCUGGCCGCCCAGGGCAGACAUGCCAAGACGGUGGAGACGCUGCUGAAACACGGGGCGCUGGUCAACCUGCAGAGCCUCAAGUUCCAGGGUGGCCACGGCCCCGCUGCCACACUCCUCCGACGAAGCAAGACCUAG